CAGCAUCACUACCUCUACACGAUGGGGCCAAGGAAGUAAAGAAAGCCGGUUCCAAGUUUAGGACAUUGCACCUUGGACUUCAAAGGAUUCUGGCUUGGAAACUGCCUGGAUGGACUAGUAAGACUGCCUUUUGUUCCUGUUUUGAAUACAAAUCUCUGAAAAUUGUGAGGGUUGCAGAUGGGAGAUGACUACAGGCUGACAUCAUGGGAUGUACACCUUCCCACAGUGAUAUUGUUAACAGCGUUGCUAAGAGUGGCAUCCAGUUUUUUAAAAAGCCCAAAGCAACUCUGCCAGGAUGUCAGGGGCCCAGUGAAAGAUGCUCCAUCCCUUUGCUGGUUCAAAACUCCACCUGCUAUGACUCUGGAGGGGGCUCGUCCCAGGGACAGAGGCCAGAAGAGCAGCAAAGUCGCCGGUGGAUCCAAUCGGGGGCUGAAAGUCUUUGUCAGCUCACCAGAGAUCCCACUUCGGGCAAAAGGAAAGACAUGGAAGGACUGAUCCCAGAAACCAAAACCUCCCCAUCCCAGCUGAACAAAUCACAAAGCUACGUGGCUACAGACGUUCCACUCAAGAGACAGAGUUCCCAUGGAUCACAAGGGGCGGCCUUUUCUGGGGAAGAGAGUGAGGAAAGCAAUACCCGGGAGACUUCCAAAUGGGGAAAGAGGCCAAAAUGUCACAGGUCGAGCAAACAGGGCCAUGACUGCCAAACCAUCCUUCCUGCCCACGAGUCUGAAGACAGAGUAGACUUCCCUGAGCCCCUGGUGAAGGCCCACCAGCGUGCUUACACCUAUCUGCACACCUGCCUCUCCAAAUACGAAGCAGUUAUGAGCAUCACCCAUUGCGCCACGCAGACCCAGGAGCUGCUGCAGCCCAUGGUCGGCUUCCUGUUGCUGUGUUUUGAUGAGGUCAACCAGCUCUUAGGGGAAAUCUCCAAGGAUGGAGAAGAGCUCCUCCAGGAAGUUAAGGAGGAUCUGGCUUGGCCUUUGAAGAAAAGAGAGCCCCAGGAGCAGCCAGAUCUCUUGCAGCAGCUUCUGCAGUACACAGUUAGCAAGCUGCAGGCGCUCAGCGGCACGGUGGCCUCGCUCUCUGACAGCCUCCUGGAGGGCUCCGGCCGCUACUUCCAAGGCGCCGCGGGCCACCUGGGAAACAAGCUGUGCAAGAAGAAGGGUGCGGAUGAGCACCUCCUCAGGGUUCUGGGGCACCUGGAGAGCUUAGCGAGUGGCCACGGUGACCCUGAAGUGCAGGGCCUACCCUUGUGCUCUGAGGACAGUGGCAUCGGUGCUGACAAUGAGUGUGUGCAGCUGGCAGACAAACUGGGCAAGCGAGCCAGCUGGGACUUCGUGCUGGAGCCUGCAGAGUGGAGGCCAGCGAUUCCACCCACAGUGGAGGCCAAGCUGUCCAGACAUACCUGGCAGCAAAGCCCAUUCUGGAUGGGUUCAGCCAGACCCCAGGACUGCCCGCUCUCCAGGCCUCUUACAGCAAAGGUUCAGCCAGCAGUGCAGGGUGGAUCGGGGAGCCCCUGGCCCUCCAGCACAGGCCCAGAAAAUACUGCCUCCAGGCCUUGGGGGCUGGGCCAAAGCGCUCCGUGUGAUUCCCCUGGGAUCAGGAUCUCCAGGGAAGCACACUUUCCUAAAGGCUCCAGGUUGAUGGACACUCCGCCCCUCAGUGAAUGUGAGGACAGCAGCCCAGAGGCGGAAGAAGACAAAGAGAGCUGCCUGAGUCCGCGUGCGGGGCAGGGAAGCGCUUCCCAUGCAAGGCCUCGGUCUUCACCUGCCGGUGGUGCCGAAAGCCUAUUUCAACCACACCCCCGGAGGCUUAGGAGCCCCCAGGACGAGGAAAUGAUUCUGAAGAUGAAGGAAGCAAUCAGUGAAAGGAUCAAGUUUGUCCCCCUGCCCUCUGAGCACCAGGAAUGGAUCGAGGAAGAGGAGAGAACCGUGGUGGCCCCAAGACCGAACACGGCCAGCGACAGCAGGAAGGCCCCCUCAAGGCAGAGGAGGUCCCAAUCUGAGGGGUGUCUGAAGAGCCACGUGGAGGACCCCACGCUCCAGGAGCUGUGGAGGGUCCAGAGAGACCUCAGCCAGAGGCUGGAGGUGCUUUGCACCCGGGACACCCGACGGCAGGGGCACAGCCAGAAGCAGGUUCUGCAGCCCAGGGCAACAGCGCUGAGGCCUGACCACUACUGCAAGGUCACCCCAAGCAGCACCAUCAGCAAGUUGAAGGCGUCCCUCACCAAGAACUUCAGCAUUUUGCCAAGUCAGAGCACCUUGCAGAAAUGCUGUCCCCACCCUGAGGGAGAACAGCCCUGGCCGGGAAAAGCUGAGGGGCUUCCAAACGUCAUGCCAUCAGGUGAGAGGGCCAGUGAGGCUCCCAGGGCCCGGGACUGGAACAUCAAGAGCUGUCCUACCAGAACAUCGGUCAAGAAACUCAUUGAAACUUUCAGUCCCACCGAGGGUCUAAGGACACUGGGGGAUUCCAAGGACUCUGGGCCGAGCCCCUGCCCCAGGAAGUGGGGGGUCCCCACCAUGCCUCCCAGAUUCCCCGUUUACAGGGGACUUGCCCCUUUGUAUCCAAAGCCUCGAAUUUCUCCAGCAGCAGGUGGAGAAUCUCUCAGGAUGGGCCCAGGCUGGAGGCCCUUUGCUCCCACCUUUCCCCCUCUGCUCACAGCAGAAGCGUCCAAGAGUGAGGACCUCAACUGUGAAACAGAGGAGAACCCAGAGCAUCUCCCUCCACCGCCUCUGGAAAUCCUGAUGGACAAAUCAUUCACUUCCCUGGAGCCCCCAGAAAACAGCAAUCUAGCAGAGAGCUCCCUUGAAGGGACCCACGUGCCAGGGCUGGGAGGGGCUGGCCCCGCCCGGAGAACGUGGGCUUCCCCAAAGCUAAGAGCCGCCAUGAGCCCCUCUGACCUGCUGCCCAGCAAAAGCACGGCCACCCUCGCCAGGGCCCGCAGCACAGAACCAGGGAGAAGCAAGAGCAGCUGCAAUCCCGGAAAGCUCGCCUGGGACCUCAGUCACCCACCAGCAGCCAGCGGGAACCCAGAGGUGCAGGGCAGCAGGGCUCAGAGUCAGGCACGAGCGGACAGGGCCACAGGCCUCUCCAAGCAUCCCCGGAAGGUCAUCCACUGGCACCACUCCAGCCACACAUCCGGGCAGGGCAGGACCUCGGAACCCAGCCUGGCCAGGCCAAUGCGAGGGCCGCAUUCUCCCGAGGCCCCAAGGCAGAACCAAGACAGAAGCCCCGUGCUGGUCAGGAAGGCCUCUCCCACGAGGGCACACUGGACACCCAGAGUGGACAAGAGGCACUCAAGCGUGCCCUCCACUCACAGACCUGCCCAGCCAAGUGUGCCCUGUGUGCACAGGUCCCCCAGCCCACCGCUCAGCCCUCCAGCGAGCCCCAGGAUGCUAAGCCCCCCAACAGUGAAGAAACGAGCCUCCCCUCCCCCCCAGCACAAACUGUCCACCCCUCCCUCGGCAAGCCCACCCGCUCGGCACAAGGUCUCCAGCCCCCCUGCCCAGUGCACAGAAGCCAGUUCCCCUGCCUCUGGCCCCUCCCCAUCUCCCCCAGCAUCUCCCAGUCAGGGGCCCAAGGAAACAAGAGAUUCUGAAGACAGUCGGGCAGCCACGGCCAAAGCAUCCGGGAACACAUGUUCCAUCUUCUGUCCAGCCAUCUCCUCUCUGUUCGAAGCUAAGUCACCAUUCUCAACAGUACCCCAACUCACCCCACCAUCGCUGCCACCUGAAGCUGGAGGUCCUUGUGGGACCCCGACAGGAUGCUGGAGGAGCAGCUCAGGGCCACGACUGAGGGCAGACUCACAGCGAGGGACAGCCCUGUGUGCCCUCAACCCUCAGCCUUUCAUCAGAAGGACAGCUUCUGACUGCCAGCCGGGCAUCCGCCUUCACCUGCCUGUCCCGGGCACCACCAGCGACGCUUGUGAAUCCCAGCUUGGCCAGAGCAGCAGCGAGGAGAGCCCCAAGGACACAGAGCCAUGGAACAGUCCCUGUGCCCCAGAACUGAAGGGCGGCAGCAGGGGUGCACUGCCCCCAGAGCUCUGCGUGCUGGGCCACGGGCUGCAGCGGGAGGCCAGCGCCAGCCAUGCCCAGGACAAGCGCCAGCAGAAGGAAGUGGCCUGA